UGAGUUGGCAACUAGAGUAGUAGGAUGUCUGGUCGUGGCAAGGGCGGUAAGGGCCUCGGGAAAGGAGGUGCCAAGCGGCAUCGUAAGGUGCUACGUGAUAAUAUCCAGGGCAUCACUAAACCCGCCAUCCGCCGCCUGGCUCGGCGUGGGGGUGUCAAACGUAUCUCCGGGCUGAUCUACGAGGAGACCCGCGGGGUGCUCAAGGUUUUCCUGGAGAACGUCAUCCGGGACGCCGUCACCUACACGGAGCACGCCAAGAGGAAGACCGUCACUGCCAUGGAUGUGGUCUAUGCCCUCAAACGCCAGGGUCGUACCCUCUAUGGCUUUGGCGGCUACAAAAUCGGAGAGCUGAUACUGAAAAACGUGUACAUUGACGCACAGCGAGCAAAAGCCUUUGGGUUCGUUGAGCGAGAAGUCUCACUGGCAGUCUACUUGGAGCUGGUGUACUUGGUGACGGCCUUGGUGCCCUCGGACACGGCGUGCUUGGCCAGCUCCCCCGGCAGCAGCAGGCGCACGGCCGUCUGGAUCUCCCGGGACGUGAUGGGAGGAAAGACUCGGGCCAAAGCCAAGUCCCGCUCGUCCCGGGCCGGUCUGCAGUUCCCGGUGGGCCGCGUCCACCGGCUGCUGCGCAAGGGCAACUACGCGGAGCGGGUGGGGGCGGGCGCGCCCGUCUACCUGGCCGCCGUGCUCGAGUACCUGACGGCCGAGAUCCUGGAGCUGGCGGGCAACGCGGCCCGCGACAACAAGAAGACCCGCAUCAUCCCGCGGCACCUGCAGCUGGCCAUCCGCAACGACGAGGAGCUCAACAAGCUGCUGGGCAAGGUCACCAUCGCCCAGGGCGGCGUCCUGCCCAACAUCCAGGCCGUGCUGCUCCCCAAGAAGACCGAGAGCCACCACAAGGCCAAGGUUCUUGUUGCAAAGCAGUUGUGCAGGAUGGCUCGUACGAAGCAGACGGCCCGCAAGUCCACCGGCGGCAAGGCGCCCCGCAAGCAGCUGGCCACCAAGGCGGCCCGCAAGAGCGCCCCGGCCACCGGCGGCGUGAAGAAGCCUCACCGCUACCGGCCCGGCACCGUGGCGCUGCGGGAGAUCCGCCGCUACCAGAAGUCCACCGAGCUGCUGAUCCGCAAGCUGCCCUUCCAGCGGCUGGUGCGGGAGAUCGCCCAGGACUUCAAGACGGACCUGCGCUUCCAGAGCUCGGCCGUCAUGGCCCUGCAGGAGGCCAGCGAGGCCUACCUGGUGGGGCUCUUCGAGGACACCAACCUAAUGAUAAUUGUGGUCAUGUCUGGUCGCGGAAAGGGUGGUAAAGGCCUGGGGAAAGGAGGUGCUAAAAGGCACAGGAAGGUUCUGCGAGAUAACAUCCAGGGCAUCACCAAGCCCGCCAUCCGCCGCUUGGCUCGUCGUGGAGGAGUUAAGCGCAUCUCCGGGCUGAUCUACGAGGAGACCCGCGGGGUGCUCAAGGUUUUCCUGGAGAACGUCAUCCGGGACGCCGUCACCUAUACGGAGCACGCCAAGAGGAAAACCGUCACCGCCAUGGAUGUGGUCUAUGCCCUGAAGCGCCAGGGUCGUACUCUUUACGGCUUUGGAGGCUAG